AUGGAUGCUGCAAAGUUUGAUGAUAUAUUCAUGGGAAUGCUACAGCACUGUGAACAAGUGGAACCGUUCCUAGAUGCCAUGUUUAGUUUUUUAGCUCGAAGAACUGACUUCUUUCGGGUCAUGCAUUCUCGAGAUGACAAGAUGGGAUUCCCCCCUGGAGUUGCGGAGAAGAUUGUUUUAAAGGUGCGAUAUACAUCAUGUGUGUUUGGAUAAUAAAGGGUUUAGCUUAACUUUUGUUUGAUUAUCAGUACUGAGGUUCCUCUAAAGUAAGAUAAAUCUGUAGCGCUAAAAACGUGCUAUCCUCUUGCGAUAUAGGUACAUCACCCGGGGGGAGGGGGGUACUCGACCAAUAAUAUUUUUUGGAUAUAUGAGCCGCUGAGGGUUUGAAACGCUGACCCUGUUCAGGACAAAAAAAUCCUAAAAUACAUUCCCUGUCUAGGACAACACCCUCAAUUUUAUUACCCAGUUUUCGUAGGCAAUAUAUCUUGUUUCUAAUAGGUAUGGAUGGAAGCAAGGCUGACAGUGACCUUUUUUCGAUACAAACCUUUCUGUUUUAUUAUGUAAAUCACGUUAUCCUUAUGCUAACUAGUAUUUUUCAAGGACAAUUUCCAUAACAAAGCAAAGGAGGUUUGCAUGAAAACAAGGUCACCGUCAGCCUCACAUUGACUCGAAGGCUAGGGUACUAAGUUCACAACUGUAAAAUGGUCCAUUAGAUAGGACAGACUUGCGCGAAAUUAUAUACCCUGUUUAGGACAGAGAGGUCAAAAACCAUACCUAGUACAGCAGCACAUCCCUGUAUAGGUCAUAUAAAGGAGUAUCUCCCUCCUGGUAUAUUGCUGCCCUGGGGGAACACACCUUUAUUUGCACCUCUCUGAACAGGGUAUGGUGUUCAGGGUGUUGAGUCUUAAAGGGGUAUACAAUUUCACUGUUAGCAUCAUGAAUAGCUAGAUAACAGAAUACCCGCCCACUUACAUUAUUUUAACCUCAAAACAGGCCGAUAAUAGCUGCAUGGGUGGUUGCUACUAUUUUAACUACUGUUAUGUAAAGUUUAAUACAUUUAGACAUGUAAGUGCAUAUUGUUUUUUUUGUAAUUUUUUGAAUUCAUAGAUUUUCAAGAAAUACCAGGAAUUAGUCAAAGGAAAUCAAACGGAGAAGAAAAGUGCAGGUUCAGGAAAGGAUGAGAUUAAAGGCAGUGAAAAUGUAUCCACAGAAACCUCAAGUGAUCAACCUAGCUCUUCAGAUAAUAAUGUGAGUUGCUACAGUUUUGUUUUGUUUCCAAUGAAUUUAUAUACAUUCCUACAUGAAAAUGUUUAAUACAGUAGAACCUCUAUAACUCCGACCGGGAUAAAUCACACUCCCUGCUAACUCGAACUGAAUUAAGUCCUAUUUCCCUUGGAUUUCACCCUACUUGUCAGUCAUUUUUACUUGGUUAACUCAAACUCGGAUAACUCAAAGUCUUGGUUAAAUCAAACUAACUCAAAUUCCCCAUUAACUCAAACUAAAUUUCCCUUUCCUUGAUCAAAAUUUCACUGAAAUUUUCACUGGUAACUACGAAUUUUGGUUCUUGCUACCCCACUUGGAUGCCAUUCCCUUAGCUCUUCUUGUUGUAUAAUCAGUAACAACAUUAAAACUAACCCUACAGAAAUUUAAUUUUAAUUGGUGCAACAAAUAGAUCAUGCUUUUUCAUAGAAAUGCACAAUCAUAUCACCGAUUUUGAUGAAAUAAGUAAAGUUACAAUUGUACUAUGCACACUGAAGUGUUGAAAAAUCAGCAACUAUCAAUAAUUACUGAAAAUAAUGACAAAAUUAAAAUUCAAUCUACCCCAAUAACUUGAAUCCCCGCUCACUCAAACUGUUUUUCGUUUCCCUUCAGAGUUGAAGUUACCAGGGUAUAUUUUCAUAUGUAUGCAUGUUUGUUUGUAAGGAUCAGCAAUUAUUGUAAACCUAAGAAAACUAUGAACAUCUGAAAUAAUCAUAAAAAAGCUCAGGACUUACAACAAGCAGACCCAAAACCAGUGACAAAAUAAUUACCAUAAUUGCUUGUGUUUAGUUCUCUCAUACCUGAAUGGGUUUUUCCUCACAACACAAUAACAUUCCAGAAAUAUUUCUACACACUUCUGCAGGCCUCAUCACUUCCAUUACCACCAACUCCAUCUGUCUGCAGUACCACAGUUGAAGUAGAAACAUCAUCUUCCGAGGACCAAGCAGCUGCUCCAGUGCCAUUAUCAGAAUCUACUGCAGGUGCUUCCACAGUGUCAACGAGGUUAAUAAUAUGUUCAACCUUAUAGCAACUGCAUCAAAACUUAAAACAGACUCAACUAAUGAUCAUGAUAAAUUCAGUUAGUUUAGUUUAAUGUUGCAAAAAUCAACUAUUAAAUUGUAUUGUGAAACACAAGAGCUCAGCAUUUUUGUAGACAAAACAUAGCAAGGAAAUAUUUUGAAAUGUAACAACUCAUUUUACAAGAAAUCAAAUGACCACACUGUCUUGUUAAGACCUCUUCUGCCAUGUUGGAUUAAUUUGUCAUUGAUUAGGAAACAUUCAAGGAUAUGUUGUGGUUCAAUUUUUUCCUUGGUUUAAAUUACAUUUUCUUUUGUUUUAGGGUAUGGUUAUGUAUUAUAAUGAGUUUGAAACAAAAGAAAAUAAAAUUUAAACCAAGGAUAAAAUUGAACCACAACACAUAUCUCAGAAUAUUCUUUAUCUUUGUAAUGCCGCACACUUUCAAAUGAGUUUUUGGUAUGUUCUAAGUAUUUUUGACUUUUUUGCUGUCCAUCUUCAGACUUUUCAAUAAGACGUGACACCUGAGGAUUCUCUGGGGGUGUACUGUUAGCCCACAGAAAUUAUUAGAUUUAUUAUUUUUGUUUUCAUUCAUAGACACUCUGAUAAGAGACACUGGGGUGGCAUCCACCAGUGAACUCUCAGCCUGCAUGGACAAUAGAGCGGACUGGGCAGCCAGGCAACUAGCUCGGCUGAGGCUACCUGAAUGAAUGAAUGAAUGAAUGAAUGAAUGAAUGAAUUGUUAUUACAUUAGUUAUAUAUUUGUUUGAGUUACUGGUAUGUGAAUGUGUUAAAAAUUUUCAAUAUGUAUAGCUCAUCAGCUCAGCCAGAAAACAGCAAGAGCAGUGAUGAAGGUAAAGGAUUGAUGCCUGGCAAGUCAGCAGAGUGUUACAAUGGAGCAGUUCUUGACAGAUAUUCCUGGUCACAAACUAUAAAGGAUAUUGAAGUGAAAAUUCCAGUACCAAGUUCGAUAACUAAAGGCCGUGAUGUUGGGGUGGAAAUUAAGACAUCACAUUUAAAAGUUUGGUUAAAUAAAGACAUCUCUCCAGUGACAGGUAUUUUAAGUGUAUCUUAGUGUCAUAAAUUGGUUAAAUAAGCAAAAAUGGUAUAGAGAGCUUCAGGGGCUUCUUCAGUCUUGAUCUCCUACCAAUUUGUUCCCUUAUUCUCCGUCUAGUACUGAGGUCAUCUUUUCUAGUUGAUGUUUUCUAGUACUGAGUUGAUGUUGAUGUUGUGCAAUUAAAUAUUUAUUUCCAUGCAAAAAAUUGUAAAUGGAUUUGUAAAUAAUGAAAAUGAAUGCAGACAUAUCAUUAAUAGAAACAUGAACAAAGGCCUUAUUAACUGGUAACAAUCAUCUUCACUAUUGUUAAAAGGCCUUUGAUACUGAAGAUCAUCCAAUUUUUCUGUUCAAUUGAACUACAGCACUUUGGUACCCAAAGCAAAUCUCUAGACUUGCUUGAGGCAUACUUUAUCAGCAUUCAGUCUUGCAAUCUUGGUCCUCUGUAUGGACAGUGGUUGUCUAGCACAUAUUGACUGAAAGGUAUUCUUUACAGGUAGCAAUGUUCUUGUUGAUGGAAAGCUUCAAAGAACCAUAAAAUGUGAAGAUUCUAUGUGGUUACUGGAAAGUGGAAAAUUUAUAAUUGUCAACCUGGAAAAAAGAGAAGAGAGGUUUUGGACAGCAGUUUUAGAAGGAGAUGCUGAAAUAGACAAGACUAAGGUUGACACGACUAGAGACAUUAGUGACUUUGAUGAACAAACUCAGAGUGAUUUUGAACAUGUUAUGUAUGAUCAUCGUCAAAAACUUCAAGGAAAACCAACCAGUCAGGAAUUGGUUAGUACUGUGUUCAUGUAACUUGUGUACUGUGCAGACUUUCAAGAGUAUAUAUCACGGGUUUAUUUCUUUCAUAGUACAUGUACCUCUUUUUCUGUCUUUUUCGUUAGAUUUAGCCAUUUAAUGGUUAAGAACAUAGAAUGCAUGGUGACUUAAUUGAGAUUUUCAAAAUCAUGAACAGCUUUAUAGUAAACUAUGGCCAAAAUAUGUUCAGGAAGAAUGUAUCUUACCAAACUCCUAAUCUUACAGUCAUUUCACUUCAUUCUUUAAGAACAGCGCAUGACUUUUUUAGUAAUAGAGUUAGCAAAUACUGGAACCCCCUACCGUUAGGAGUCCAAUGUGCAGCAAUUAUCGACACAUUUAAGGCUGGUCUCGAUUGUUUUAAAUCAUCGCAACCUGGUUUAAAUGGUUUCUGGGAACUAUCAGACUGGAACAAAUCUUUAAUAGAAUUACCAAUAAAAGUGAACAUGUGAAAUAUUUAUUAGCUAAUUGCAAUGUUGCAAUGUGGCAAAAUAUCUUGUUUUAAUUGUUAUUGUUUUUCUUUUUUAUAUAUACAUAUAUACCUUAGUCUUAGCUUUUUAGAAUUUAAUUUCUAUUACAUGAUAAUAAAUAAUUUUGUAAAUAGUUUUUAUCAAUGGAGAUAUCUGGUUAUAAAGUUAUCUUAAGUAGUUGUAUGCUCAAAAUAAAAAGGUUUCACUGAAAUUCUGGGUACUUUGCAUAACCCAUUCUUCACUUUCUUGUAAACAUGUACAUGUUAACCAACUAAAUUUUUGUGUAGAGAAUUUGAAUGUGAGCAAACCCACACUGAACCAUCCAGUAACUACUUUUUUUACAGGAUUUGGUCAGACCUUAAUAAGUUGAUCCUCGUAGAUGUGAUAAUUUUCUGAUAGUUGUUGUUAAGUUGCUUUUUAUUCACUUUCCAACUUAGAAAACGCACGAGCUUCUCAAGCAAGCCUGGAAUGCAAAAGGUUCACCAUUUGCUGGCACAGAAUUUGAUCCAUCAAAAGUAAACAUAUCACCAAGUUAUGGAUAAAACAUCAAGAAAUGUUAUAGGCCCUUGCCUUGUUGGUGUAUGGACUAAGACAAGAAGAAAGCAAUUCACUUAUUGACUGCUUGGACAUCAAGAAUAAACUGUCAUUGUCUUAAUUUUGUGUCUGCUGUAAAAUGGUCACCUAUUGGUUGACAGUCAAUCAACUGUCGCUGCAGAAAACUAGACUAAAGGGUCAUUGUCUAGAGUAAGAGGGUUUUGUUGUUUCAGUUUUUUAAUCAAUAAGGGAUAUAACUCCCAGCAUCAUCACAUUUUCGACGUAUGACAAUAGCUUCAACCCUUUCUAUACUACUACUCUUGUCAGAAUGUGUUUCUUGACAAAAACAUACUUAGGUACUAUUGUGUUAUUAUCUCAAGGUAGCUAAAUCAAAAUGUGCCUCUAGAACUGCUUUUCUGGUCUUUAUGGGAAGGCAGUAAACUCCACCUCAAACCAUUCAGUGCGUUAGAUUUAAAAAACUUUCAGUUUCAGUGGAUGCCACAAGUGCCCCUUUAGUUCCUUCCACAUACCUAAUGGCUUGAACACAGUAAGUCAUGUAGAUCAUUAUGCCUACAGCCAGAAAAAUCCCUGUUGUAAGCUUUUGUAAAAGUGGAAAAACUAUGGUGUAGUUACAAGUAGGUUUUGCCAAGCAAGGGUGAUUUUCACAUGGUCUUAACCUAAUAACAUUUACAGAUUAAUGGAAAUUAUGAUAUUGUUUUAUUUACAUAUAAACCUGGUUAAUUCUGUUCCUGUUCAUUUUGUUGUAAAAAAACAAUGGUCCUUCUCUAAGAAAAAUUAAUGAAAAAUAAAAACGACAUAAGCUUUAAAUAUUAGUACUGAAAAGCUGCAAGUGCAUGAAGGAAAUUUAUGAUAUAAAGAAAGAGAGAUCAUUGUGAUUUUGGACAAGUAAUAUAAAGUUAUUGCCCUAGGCCUUAACUAACCCAAGU